CCCAUCAAAAGUGCAAAUUGUUUACUAGUGCUAUUGUACAGCGGUAUUUCUUAGACGCAGCCAGAGGACUAAGUACUAGUUUGAAAUCCAAGAUGGCGGCCAGAAACAGUGUUAAAUUGUUGGGAGAAAAACUGACAAAAUCAGAGAAAAGAGCCCUCCGUAAACAAAGAUGUAAAAUGCAUUCUUUCGAGAGACAUAAUACAGAACUCGAGGUGUCCAAAGAACCGACCCCGCACAUAUUGGUUGGAAAUGGUGGCUUGAUGAAUGGGAUCGAUCGUAAUUUGAUUGUGAAGUUGUUCAAAAUGUUUGGAAUGGUUGAACAAGUAAUCAUGGUACCUCAGCAAUCUUAUUCUUUUGUAACUUUCACUAACAUCAACGAUGCGAAGAAGGCGAUGGAUAGUAUCAAUGGAAGAAAGCUUGAUUCGACUUUGGAGCUCGGUAAAACGGGUGUAAUUUUCUAUUUGUAUUACCUGAUUCAAGUUCCUGACGAAGUCAUAAAAACAACUCACAGUAGACCCCCAGGACUGGUAUUAGUUGAAAAUUUUAUUACUGAGGAAGAGGAAAAAAAGUUAUUGGACAAGUUUAGUUUGGAUGAUGAAGAGGAUGCAAGUCAAACUGAAAAUGAUUCAGAGAUAGUUCAAAAACAACUGAAGCACAGAAAGGUCAAACAUUUUGGUUAUGAGUUUCUGUAUGGAACAAAUAACAUUGACACAUCCAAACCACUGCCAGGUGGGAUUCCUGAGGUUUGUCAUGGUAUCUUACAACAUAUGUUAACAGAAGGAUAUAUCCAGGAAAUACCAGACCAAUUAACUGUUAAUCAAUAUAAUCCUGGACAAGGCAUACCUCCUCACAUAGAUACUCAUUCUGCUUUUGAGGAUGGCAUUGUUUCACUUAGUCUUGGUGCCAAGAUAACUAUGGAGUUUCGUCAUCCAGAUCAGAGGCAUGUUUCUGUUCUUCUGCCUCAAAGAAGUUUGUUGGUAAUGACUGGUGAAAGUAGAUAUGAGUGGACUCAUGGGAUAACACCACGUAGAUAUGACAUUAUCAACGAAAAUCAAAGAAAACAUGGUAAACAAAGGCGACCUUCAGACGGCGAAGAUAAUGACCUUGUAUCAGCUGGUGUUACUCAGUACGAGCGAGAAACGAGAAUAUCUUUAACGUUUCGUAAAAUAAAACAAACCCCUUGCAAGUGUAAUUUUCCUAAACAGUGCGACUCCCAAAACUACAACUCUUCGCCAGACUCGAAUUCUUACACACUCCCUGCAACACAACACGAUGCUCAGAGACUGGAAGCAACUCACGUUCACGAGGUUUAUGAGAAAAUUGCCGAGCAUUUCAGUGACACUCGCCACUCACCAUGGCCGAAGAUUGCCAGCUUUUUACGUGAUCUGCCAAUGGGCAGUUUAGUGGCUGAUGUUGGCUGCGGAAAUGGAAAAUACCUUGGAAUCAAUGAUAAUAUAUUCAAGAUGGGAUCAGAUAGAAGCUUUAAUCUUACAUCAAUUGCAAAAGAAAGAGGGCAUUCGAUUAUUGUCUGUGACAUAUUACAACUCCCUUACAGGUCUAAAGUGUUUGAUGUAUGCAUGUGCAUUGCUGUUCUUCAUCACUUAUCUACGACCGAGCGUCGACUGGAGGGUCUGAGAGAACUGGUGAGAAUUGUACGACCAGGGGGGCUGGUUUUAGUGUACGUUUGGGCACUGGAACAAAAUCUUGAAAAAAUCAAGAAAAACGAGUUAAAAGAAUUGGAAUUUAGUGAAGCUAAACAGCAAGGAGCUAGCAAUAACAAUGCUGCUGUCCCGUCAUCUUCACAUUUAUUCGACUCAAGGAUUGAAAGUAAAACUUGCGACGAAUCUUCCUCUAAAACCCGCAACGUUCAAGUCAACUUGAAGAGAGAAGUUUUUGAGCAGCAAGAUUUGUUUGUUCCUUGGAAAUACAGAGGCGACAAACAAGACAAACGGUGCAAAAAUCCUGAAGAAAGUAACAAUACUAGCGACCCUGCUUUAACCGGUAGUAAUGUGUAUCAUCGGUUUUACCACGUGUUCAAAGAGGGCGAACUGUUAGAAUUAUGCAGUCGUCUUGACGAUGUUGUUGUAAGAGAGCUGUAUUAUGACAGGGGAAACUGGUGCGUGUUAUUGGAGACUAAAGAUGAGAAAUAGGAAAUCACACAUGAGUAUGUUUUAGAAGUAUAACUGAUUUGUGACGUUUUAGGCGUUCCAGCAAUUGUUAACAUCCAUUACACACGUCAAAAAAUAAACUUCUGAAAUUUA